GACGUGGGGAGGAGCGGCCCCAGCGCGUCCCUGGUGAACGCGGCGUGGAACACUCCUGGGGCGCCCUCUGGCGACGUGGAGGUGCUCCCCGGCGGCACGUUGUCGGCAGGCCUGCAGGGCCGCACCUAUUUCGCGGACGAGUGCUUCGAGGGGGAGAGCCUCUACAACCGCAUUUGUUCCUUCUUCCACCAUCGCCCCAUGCGGCUCCUCGGGAAGUCGGUGCGCUACACCGUGGACCUCGCCGGCGCGGGCUGCGGCUGCAACGCGGCGGUGUACCUUGCGUCCAUGCGCCAGAACAGUGAGGCGACGCAGUGCAUGGACCACUACUGCGACGCCAACGCCGUGUGCGGGGAGAGCUGCGCCGAGAUCGACCUGCAGGAGGCGAACUCCCACGCCUUCCGCACCACGCUCCACACCAGCGAGGACCGCGAGGGAGUCGGCGUGGGCCUCGGGCCCGAGCUCCUCCACUGGACGAGCGAGGAGUACGGGCCGGGCGGCCGGUGCAUCAACACUUCCCGCCCCUUCUCGGUGCAGGUGGCGUUCCCUACGACCAACACGGGGUCCUCCACUCGGUGGAGGUGA